GAUACGAACCUGCCAGAAACAGCGCGAGAAACAGUGCUAAUCAUGUUAUAAAACCUGUUUUAUUUACAAAUUACACGUGUCAGAGCGAUCGUCGAGUGUCAGCGGACGUAUAAAAUUUCUGUCUCAACAGUUUAGUAAACUAUCAUUAUAUGUCGUGUUUUAUAAUGUAGCUGAAGAAGAUUAGCUCGUAUGCUAAUAUUGUGAGACAAUCGAAGGUUUCGGAACAAUAAAAGGUUUAUUUUAUGCAUGACAAGCAUAUACUAUCUUGUGCGAUAAUCAUAUUUAAAAGUUUAUAACGUUUUCAAGCAUUCUUUGCCUUCCUUCAGAUGUUUGUCACAGUGUUUGUUCGUGUUGACAGAUAGGGCACGUAACUUAACACAACAUCGCAAUGAUUGUAUUACGUAUCUUCUGACAUUUAUCUUUUUUUAAAUAUUACAUCACAUUUUCUUCUUUUAGUCCUAGUCCUGAGAUGAAUUCACUGUUAGAAGGAGUUGAAUAUUGAUUUGAAGGACUGUCAUAUUUAAAGGACAUCUGCCUUUAUUUGGAUUCAUAAGAAGCUGGUGGAUUAGAAGAGGAUUGGCCGAGCUGAACGUGAUUCCAUUUGGACAUAUAACUUGAGAAGCAGCCAGGAUGCCUCUGCUGUUUCUGGAGCGCUUCCCUUGGCCCAGCUUACAGACAUACACAGCUCUGAGCUCAGUUCUGCUUGCUGGGACCAUCUUAAGUGCCUACAGCACUGUCAGAGACUCGCAGUACAACACUGCCCUGACUGAGGACCCGCAAAGUGAAUCACAUCAUGAGGAGAUCAAGCUGGGAAAUCUUGGAAACCUGGCCACCAAUGUGCUACUCUAUCUCAUCACAGACACUAUGUUUGUCUGGGUGAUGGUCAACACUGCGUGCUGCAUCCUCAUGUUGAUAGCUAAAGUGAUCCAGUGCAUUGUGUUUGGACCAUUGAGAGUCAGCGAGAAACAGCAUCUGAAAGACAAGUUCUGGAACUUCAUCUUCUACAAGUUCAUCUUCAUCUUUGGUGUGCUGAAUGUGCAGCGGGUGGAUGAGGUGGUGCUCUGGUGUCUGUGGUUCUCCAUGCUCAUCUUCCUCCAUCUGAUGGUGCAGCUCUGUAAAGACCGCUUUGAAUAUCUGUCAUUUUCCCCCACCACACCGAUGGGGAGUCACGUACGUGUCUUGGCUCUGCUGGUGUCUAUUCUCAUGUGCUGUGGUGGUAUAGCAGUACUCUGCGGUCUUGUCGGGCAUCUUCAUGGGAUGCACACAGUGGCUUUUAUGGCAGCUGAGUGUUUGCUGGUGACAGUACGCACAGGCCAUGUUAUCAUAAGGUAUUCCAUUCACCUGUGGGACCUGAACCAUCAGGGCACCUGGGAAAACAAGAGCUCAUAUAUCUAUUACACUGACUUUAUCAUGGAGUUGGCCAUUCUCUGUCUGGAUCUGAUGCAUCACAUCCACAUGCUGCUCUUUGGUAACAUCUGGUUGUCCAUGGCCAGUCUGGUGAUCUUCAUGCAGCUGCGUUAUCUCUUCCAUGAGUUCCAGAGGAGAAUUCGCCGCCAUAAGAACUACUUGCGUGUUAUUGACAAUAUGGAGUCAAGGUUUGCCGUGGCAACGCCCGAUGAGCUGGUGGCCAAUAAUGAUGACUGUGCCAUCUGCUGGGAUUCAAUGACUACAGCACGCAAGCUUCCCUGUGGACACCUGUUUCACAAUUCCUGUCUGCGAUCUUGGCUCGAGCAAGACACUUCCUGUCCCACAUGCCGUAUGUCACUGAACAUCAAUGAAGGCACAAGGGAGAGGGGGGAGGGCCAGAGAGAGCCGCUGGACGAGAACAUGGCCGCUGGGCCGGGAGUGGAUGCCCGACAGCAUCUCAACCAACACAACCACUUCUUUCACUUUGAUGGGUCCCGCAUUGCCAGCUGGCUGCCCAGUUUCUCUGUGGAGGUCAUGCACACCACUAACAUCCUGGGCAUCGUGCAUGCUAACAACUCGCAGCUCAACGCCAUGGCCCAUCAGAUCCAGGAGAUGUUUCCACAGGUCCCUUAUCACUUAAUCCUGCAGGAUUUACAGCUAACACGCUCUGUGGAAGUCACCACCGAUAACAUUCUGGAGGGAAGGAUACAGGUGCCUUUUCCAACACAGCCUGUGGAGCGCUCAACCAUACAAGUAAACCCUGCACAUGAAGAGUCAGAGGGUCCCGGCAGCAGUUCAGAGGUCAUUGCUGAGGCAGAAGACUUCGAGGUACGGGGCAGCCGCUUUUCCAAAUCUGCAGAUGAGAGGCAAAGGAUGCUGCUGCAGAGAAAGGAGGAGUUACUCCACAGAGCUCGCAGGCGUUAUUUAAACAAGAAGCCUGAUGAAGAAGAUCUCUCCUUUGCUGUCGAACAUGAGGAGGUACAAGAUUUUGUAGAGGAUGAAGACUCUGACUCGAUGAUCCUGAGGCGCAGGAGGCUGGCGGCUGCAGCAGAGAGACGCAUGCAGAGGCAGUCAGACCCACCUCUGUGAGAGGAGCUCCACUCAUAUGCAUGUUUCCAGCAACGCCCACCUCUGAUCCUGCCCGGGGAGAAAUCAUUGAAUAGGAAGUAGCCUUCCUUAUUCCACCCAUUUUAAGGCGAGCAAAAACAUGCAUGAUGCGCCUGUGCUGUGAUACAGCGGUGCCCUAUUACCAAAAUAAAAAGAAACUAGACAUCAUUUUUGCCCAUAUGUACAACAUAUUUUUUCAUAAUAAAAAUAACUAGGCGUUGUCUCAUAACGGUGACUUAGAAUGAAGGUGAUACUUGAUAUCUGAGUCAUAAAAUGUUAAGUAUUUGUUGACAGCUGCUUAUGUAUUUUGGACAGCAUUAACAUUUCUGAGAUAGAUUUGAUUUUUUGAAAUGCUGCAUUUAAUGUUUCUUUCGACCCGUUUAGUUCACAUGUUUAAUUUUAGAAUGAUAUUUUUUUUGUAAAAUCGACAAUUUGGAGUAUUUUGAGUACUCAAUUUUGGAACUGGCUUGGAUUAGAGAUUAGGCAGUGAACAUUGGGCUCUGUGUGAGAGUUUUGUUGUUUGUUGCUUUGGCCAUGAAUUAUUUUUUUGCUGGUUAGUGUUUGGAUCAGCCUGUAGUUGACUUAUAAAACUAUGGACACAAUAUUGAGAGUUUAAGCUCUUAUAAUGCCACCAUGGCAUUUAGAGCCUGAAGAUAGUUUUAAAAGAAAAUUGGCGUAGAUCGCGUUAGUUGGUUUCUGCUGGCAUUGUUUUGAAUCACGUGAUGUGUCUAUAGUCAUAUGGUGAUGUUUUUCUCGCCAUGACAGUGUGGUCUUUAAACUGUCGACUCGAUGUGUUGCUCUUUAUUUUGUGCACGGGGUGUCAUUCAUAAAACACGAGCAGAAUUCAUUUUUGCCCUCAAAAUCCUUAAUCGUAAAUUACUUUUCUUUUUCUCACAAUUUGCCAGUGUGGUAGAAUUUUAUUUAAGAUCCAAACUAUUUAUGUAAACACAUUUUAGUAUCAUACAAUUUUGCAUACUGUAUGUAGUUUUAAGUUGAUUUUUUUUUUGUGUGUAUUUUUAAUGGUAAAUGACAUUUGAAAAAAAAACAAAUUGGCCACGUUUAAAUCAUUUUAAACUAUUUUGACAUUGUGUUUAAUUGAAUGCAUUGGCAGUUUUAUGACAAAUUGGUCUACCUCGUGUUUCAUAUAUAAGAUCCUAUGUGAACUCGGAAGCAUGUUUUGGACAGUGUAUACAUAAAAAUGGUUAUUAGGUCAGUUUUGUAGCAUUUUGUUGUCCGCAAUUUGGUUCAGUUCUAUUAAAUGGUUUUAAAGACAUGUAUUAUUCACCGUACUAAUGUGCUAAUGCCUAUAAAUGAUUGUUUCUUUACUGACCCUUGACAUUCAGAAGAACUUGUCUCAAGCUUUUUUUUUAAGUUCAUAUAAAUGUACAUGAUUUCCUUAAAAAAGCCUUUUGUUAAAUCAAGCAGGACCAGAAUCACAAGCCAGUCAACAUUAUUUCUUUGAGAAUGACUAUGUAGCCUCAUUGUGGAUUUCAAAAAAAAAUCUUUGAAAUGUCUCUACUGUUUUACACUGUGAAUAUAAUAUUUUCUGCCAUUUUAUGUGGAUUACUUGUUAUAUUACUGAAUCAUUGACUGUUAAUUAUGUCUGUAGCCCAAUUUUUCCCAAAGAGCUUUAUCAUUCUGGUUAAUUUUAUUCACGACAGGUAGACAUUGUGAAACAUGUCAAAUUGACCGCUGGCCAAUAUUGAACUUGUAUGUUUUGGUUGCACAGAUGCAUCUUAAACAGUAUUUCUUAAACAUAAUAAAUGCAAUAUUCACUGGAUUUAUUCAGAUGAUAAUACAGUCGAUUGAUGUUCAUGCUGUUUGUUGAAGUAUCAGAUUGCUUUUUGUAAACAGUUCAUUAUUUGUGCCUGAAAUUAACAGUGGAUUUAAUACAAGUUUAAUUGAUGUAAAUAAUUUUGUAAUUAAGACUGUAUAAUACAUGUUGAAAUGACCUUGUACAAAAUAAAAGUCACAGCUGCUUUAGAAGCUUUUAAGCAUA